AUGGCAUCUGAUCUGCCAACACAGAAGGGCUUUCGCCUUGCUAUAGAAGGAUGCGGACAUGGAAAACUACAUGAGAUCUAUGACUCAGUAAAGAAAUCGGCUGAGGCCAAGGGUUGGGAUGGUGUGGAUUUGGUUAUUAUUGGGGGUGAUUUUCAAGCUGUCAGAAACUCCAAUGACAUGGCUUGCAUGGCUGUUCCAGCAAAAUAUAAGAAAAUUGGUGAUUUUCAUGAGUACUACAGCGGUGCUCGAGUCGCACCUUAUCUGACUAUCUUCGUGGGAGGCAAUCACGAAGCAAGCAAUCAUCUUUUCGAGCUAUAUUAUGGAGGUUGGGUCGCACCCAAUAUUUAUUACCUUGGCGCCGCAAAUGUCAUUCGAUGCGGACCCUUGAGAAUUGCCGGGAUGUCGGGAAUCUGGAAAGGCUAUGACUAUCGCCGCCAGCAUUUUGAAAGGUUGCCAUAUGGCGAUGACGCAUUACGUUCUAUCUAUCAUGUUAGGGAGAUCGACGUCCGCAAGUUACUCCAAGUUCGCACACAAGUUGACAUCGGAAUUAGUCACGAUUGGCCGCAGGCUAUUGAAUGGACUGGUGAUGUCGAUGAUCUAUUCCGCAGAAAGCCUCAUUUUGUCAAAGAUGCAGAGUCUGGAAAGCUUGGAAGUCCCGCAGUGCGAUAUGUUCUUGACCGCUUGCGACCAGCUCAUUGGUUUUCUGCACACUUGCAUGUGAAAUACACUUCCACCCUGGAGCAUAAGGCCUAUUCUCCUCCUAGAGCAGUUAAUGCUCACAACAUUGACACGAAAUCACAGCAGUCGCGCAUGAAAGAUCCCGCCAAAGAUCCAGAACCUGAGGAAGUUAUGGCGAAGCCAAUGCAAGCGUGCGUCAGAAGACCUCAGAUGAUGACUCCAGGCGCCGCAGCAUACUCUGACAGGCGACCUGUUACUUAUAACACUCAGCUUCAGAGCAGUGAACAGGACCGUAUAAAUGCCUGGAGAGGAUUUUAUGAGGUGGCCUCAAAAAGGGAAGCUGAAGAAAAUGCCGAAUAUUUGAAAGCUGCGGAUGAGUUUAGACGUCGUGUCGAUGCUGGGGAAAUCGAAAAACCUAAGUCCAAUAUUGACUAUCAGGUGACCUGGAAGAAAGUUGUUACUGAUGAUGGCCUCUCGCGAGAAGUUUCAGACGUUGUGAGAACCAAAGCUGAGGAUGAAAUUAACCAAGUUCAGAAAGAGACUGCCCCUUCUCCUGUAAAAAAUGCAGACGAAAUAGAUCUUGAGAUGGAAUCUGCAUCAGAAACGGCUGAGACACCAAACGAAGCUCUUGAUGCCUCUAUCACAAAGCAAAGCUUUUCCACCCAAUUGGAAACUACAGCUACCAUGCCCAUGCCACCUGCACAAUUUGAUGGAGUCUCAGAUGAACUUCGUGAACAACUGCCAGCCAGUUUUCAAAAACGUGACAAAACACAGGACAAGGCCAUAGCUGAGGAAGAGCUUCCGGGGGGUAUUACAAACAAGGCAACCCAAUUUUUGGCUCUGGACAAAUGUGAGCCGCACAGAAAAUUCCUGGAGCUGCUCGAGAUAUUUCCUGUGUCUGAAAGCGACCACACUGAUGAACAACGUCCAUACCAACUUAAAUAUGAUAAGGAAUGGCUUGCGAUCACACGUGUUUUUGCUGAGGGAUUCGUGGUAGGGAAGAAGUCGCAAGUUCUCAUUGACAAAGGGAGCGCAUUUUAUAAACCAAAAAUCAUUGAUGCUGAGGCCUGGGUUGAAGAAAAUAUUGUCAAGGAAGGCAAGAUGGUUGUUCCACACAACUUCACCAUCACAGCACCUGUCUAUGAACCCUCUGUUCCUGUCACCACUCCUGAGCAGCCGUUCGAGUACUUGAAUCCCCAGACCACUCGAUUCUGCGAAAUGCUAGGCAUCGCAAAUCCAUUUGAGCAAUCUGAAGAAGAGCGUGCUGAACAAGAAGCAGCUAUCAGACAGGCCAACGAUCGCCGAAAAUCGGAGCCCGCUCAUUCCGGUCGUCGGGGAGGCUUUCGAGGAGGUCGUGGCGGCGGCUGGGGACGUGGAAACGGUGGGUACGGCGGCCGAGGCGGUUGGCAAGGAGGUCGCGGAAGAGGACGCGGUGGGCCGUAA